AGAUAACUCGUGCGCGCGAGGUUCGUGACGCAUUUGCAGGCGAGCUCGGAUGUCCCGCCGUUAUUCACUGCAAAUGGCUCCGUAUCGACACUCGAGAUGCUAUGUCUGUGGCUCCCUUGGUCGUCAACAUUCGCUUCCGCUUUCAUGAUCGCGUUGCAAGCCGUACACGGCCGCACUCACUCACUGCGGCGAUCUCAAGGCAUCGACUCACGGCGACAUGACCCGGACGACCUCACGAGUCUCCCUCUCGGAGUGACUGUCACUGAGCCCGCCCCGCUGCCCGCGCGUGACCAUGCGGCUCUGUGCUGACCACGUCGGUGACCAUGUCGGAGACAGAGGGAGGAUGGGAGACAACAGCAGAGUCAGGCCAACG